GAGGGAGCGGGGCGGGUGGAGUGUGAGCUGGAGGGGAACGCAGUCGCGCAACGAGCAGCCGCCCUGGCUAUAAAUCCUGGGGGGCGAAGCCAAACGGAUCCAAGCCUUAGGACAGUCCUGCGCGCAGCCACCCAAGGGACUGAAGCUGCUGCUGCCGCCGCCGCGUUCUAGCAGCAGCAGCAGCAGCACACCCAGGAAGGUGAGGCGCGCGUGGCUUCCCCAGGGCGGAGAUUCGUGGAUGCCGAGCUGCCCAGCCCGGCCGAGAGACAGAAGAGACGGAGAGAAGAGAGGGAGAAAUCCGCAGUUGCACAGCCGCUUCCAGCGCAUACUGCCAAACCUGGCAAGUUUCUCCACUCGCCUUGGAACAUCUGGGACCAGAGACAGUUUGCAUGACAACUCCACAUUUCAGACAUUACCCAGCGCAGUGUGGGACCUGACCGUGCAAACAGUGAACUGCAAAAGCAAGGACCAGCUGUCAGUCGUUGUGGUGUUGCUGUGAAGCCUGAGUAAUACAACAGGAUGGUCUCUGAUGAGCCUGGAAUUAGUUUUCCAAAGAGCCUCUACCUGAACUUAUAAAGAUGCUCCUAAAUAUGUCUACAGAAGAGACUGUGAAAAGAAUUCACGUGGAAUGCCCCUCACUGGGAAGGCACAACUACAUGCUAAUUGUUGUUCCAACUGUUUACACCAUCAUCUUCAUCAUAGGUAUAUUCGGAAACAGUUUGGUGGUGAUUGUUAUUUACUUCUUCAUGAAGCUGAAAACUGUGGCAAGUGUCUUUCUGUUCAACUUAGCGCUGGCUGAUUUGUGUUUCCUCGUGACUUUGCCAUUGUGGGCGGCCAACGCCGCCAUGCAAUACCGCUGGCCUUUUGGCAGUGGCUUGUGCAAGUUAGCUUCGGCUGCAGCAACCUUCAACCUGUAUGCCAGCGUGUUUCUCCUGACGUGCCUCAGCAUUGACCGUUACUUGGCAAUUGUGCACCCAAUGAAGUCCCGUCUUCAGCGCACGAUGCUCGUUGCCCGGGUAACUUGCAUUGUCAUCUGGCUGAUGGCGGCACUUGCCAGCUUGCCUGUGAUUAUCCACCGUACCGUAUACUUAAUUGAAAAUGAAAAUAUAACAGUAUGUGCUUUUCGGUAUCAGACCCCCUCCAACACAACCAACGGCACAACACUCAAAGUUGGAUUGGGCUUAUCGAAGAACAUGCUAGGGUUCUUGAUCCCCUUCGUGAUCAUUUUAACAAGCUAUAUAUUAAUCUGGAAAGCCCUGAAGAAAGCAUACCAGAUUCAGAAAAACAAGACCAGAAACGAUGAUAUUUUCAAGAUGAUUGUUGCAAUUGUCCUUUUCUUCUUUUUUUCUUGGGUUCCUCAUCAAAUAUUCACUUUUCUGGAUGUGCUGAUUCAACUCAGUGUGAUCACCGAUUGUAAUAUCAUCGACAUUGUGGAUACAGCAAUGCCUUUCACGAUCUGCUUAGCGUAUUUUAACAACUGCCUGAAUCCCCUCUUUUAUGGCUUUUUUGGAAAGAACUUCAGGAAAUAUUUCCUCCAGCUUCUGAAAUACAGCCCCCACAAUGUCAGACACGCUAGUUUCACGACAAAGAUGUCCUCUCUUUCCUAUCGACCUUCGGAGAACUUAAUCCUAACAGCCCCCAAAAAUGGGUUCUUGGACACUGAGUGACGACUUGGCGGCGCACGUUUUCCACAACCUAGUUUGCCAGCACAGUGAUGUUCACCCAGAGUCCCAACCACCACAGCUUUAAGUGUUUAACCAUCUGAGACACAUUGUCCUAUUAAAACUGAGCAGUGGCCUCUCGUUUCGUCUUGUGAAGAGGAUUGUUGGUUGUUUACAGCAAAUGUUAAUGAAAGUAAGUAAGCUGAGGUGUUCACCAUCAGCCUGCCUUUCUAAAGCUUGGGGGACAAUAGUAUGUGGAAGAGCUCUUGAAAUGUGCUAGGAAGUGUGGUCCAAUUCGUUCUGUCAAGGCUCUGAGAUUUGCUUUGAACAUGCAUAAGCAACUCUGACAUUGCCUUUUGGGGCCUAUUACACAGGAGACAUCAGAAAGGCCUGUUUUCAGACUGAUGAAAGCAAAGUAAAAGUCACGAGGUUUUUCAAGAAUGUGAAUUUUUAUGUCAUAUGUACUACUUGAUUGUAAUCAAAAUCUACCUAUGCUACAUUAACAUAUAUAUAUACACCAUAAAGUCCAUUUUAGUGUCAGUAGGAAACUUGGGUGAGCAUACAUUUGGAGGUAAUUUUCAAAUAAGGCAGGAGUGUACAUCUGAAGUAGAAUGAAACCACGUGUGUGUAAAAUGUUUCAGUUUUCAGUUUACGCUUGUUACCCAUUCGACUAAAUGCAACGCAUUUCAUUGAAAAGUGCUUCAUUCUGUAGAUAUAUGUUCAACACUUGACUUCUGUGGAACUAUGUCUAUUUCGUUGUUUAUAUAAGACAAAUGUUCCUUCCGGUAAUAUGUGCCCUAAAGAGUUUUGAGAGUAGAGGCAUAUGUGUAGAAGAACUGGGUGGGGAAGUGAUUUGUGAUUGGUGUCAAAGUUCCCCAAAUUUACCCAAUCCAAUGUGGACCAUCUUGCACAUCAUCCUGAGUGGUGACGUUUUACACCAUGUAGCAUCCUUUUGUAUCUGUGGGACUGAUCCAUUAAGGAAAUUUAUAUUUUCCAUUGUUUCAGGAACAGGAUCUCCUCCCUGGGCAAUUCCUGGUUGAUUUUUUAUUUUAUUUUUUGUUAAAUUGUCAAGUGUGUCAACCAGGAUGUGCUGCUGAUUUAAACUGACGACAAAUCAGUGAAUAUGCAUAAACAGUUUAUUCACAUGUGAAUUUGGGUCCUCAUAAACUCAGGCAAUAGGAACAGUUUGGGCAUGCCUGCACUGUCUAGAUUUCAGUUGAUUGGUCAGAAUAUAUCCUAUAAGUAGCAUGCACAUUCCCCUGUAGUGGAUCCUACGCUUAAUUUGUACUUAUGUGCAUUCUUAAUUUAUUUUUUUAUUUUUGCAAUUGUUGGUCCACCUCCAAACUGGUAUUAUCCUCGCUGCAAUUAAACCAAAGUUUUGCUGGUGUCAUUGGCACGCCCCUUCUCCAUUGCUGCAGAUAUACAUAAUUUUUUAAACUCUGAUUUGGCCUUGAUCUACAGCUUUGGGCUGAUUGAGAUUUCACCAUCACUAUUUCCUUUCUCUGGUUUUCGCACAUGCUGAUCUAUUUUAACAACACCAAAGAACAACAACAACAACAACAACAACAACAACAACAACAACAACAACAACGAAGGUGGGGGGAGCUCCCCCCCUGAAUCUUCCGUAGACUUUUUAGACUCGUAUAAAUUUGUUGUGUUAUGGCACAGCCAACUGCCUAAAAUGUGUCAUUAUGCUCAUGAAACAUACAACAUGGGCACUGCAAGGAAGUUAGGAGAUAUGCCUGGGCUUGAUGCAUCCUUAAACAGCAGCAUAGCAGAUUGCACUAUGACUUCAGGAUUUUUUUCCCCAUGCAACUGAUUUGGUAUUCAUGGAAAGAAAGAAAUGUGGUUUGCUCGGUUCAAUGUCUACUGAAAUCAGAUGGAUUUAUUUUACUGAUUGCAAACUAUACACAUCUACUUUGCAUCCUAUCAGCAGCUGUUACAAGUCUUCAAUGCUCUUUACUGCUGUAUAUGUGUGCAUGUAAUUUGCAUUGUUUUAAAUAUGUAAAACAGAGAUAUUGUGUGCAAUCCAAAGAAAAUAAUGCAUAUGUCCCAUUAUCAGUCUUACUUUUUUUAAAAAAGGGUAAAUAUGCUCUGGAUCACAGACAACUUUGCUGUCUGUCUAUGUCACAACAGAUUAGGAUUCUUCCAGCUGGACCACCUGUCUCCAUCAUUGGGCAACCAAACAGCUGUUGGGAAGAUCACAGAUAGAUCGAGAUAGCCUUACUUUGCUGCUGAGCCUUCAGAACAGCUUUCCCUAUCCCUCCAGUUCUAACCUAGAACUUCCAUCAGCCCUGACCAGCAAAACCUAUAGUCAGGGAUGGUGGAACUUGUGGUCUACAACAUCUGUAGGACACCAGGUUGGGAAAGCUUACGGUACUUUAGUCUUUGGUAGAAUAUGGAGGUUGAAUUUAGCAGUCAGGAUGGGCAGCAACUGAUUGCAGUGGAACACAACGCCAGUUCACACUUCAUUGGCAAUGAACUGGCCGUCCCCAGCUCACCAGCACAAUCUGCAUGUAGGGUCCCGGGGAGAACAAUUCCCUCCUUGCUAAAUAGUGGAGGCUGAGCCAUUUACCAUUACCACUGGCAGCAGCGCUCUUUUUUUAAGAGCCAAGUGUGAUUAUGGCAACAGUGGUGGGAUUCCAUUGCCGUCCUCUCCUCAAAACCAUGCACACCCUAUUGCUUUUAAGUAGCAGUGGAUGGAGCUCUUGCUGUGGCUACCACAAUACUUCCCUGCCACUGUUGCUGCUGUAAUUUAAGGACUAGAGGGAAUAUGGAGGGGGGGAGAAGAGAGAAAGCCCACCAUGGUUACCUCCAACACAGGCAGCAGUAUUGCAGAGUUUUAUGGCUUUAAAAGAGAGAGAGAGAGAGCCAUCCCACGGCUAAUGAAAAUGCUCUUGCCCCCACCUAAACUAGCAAACCAGUUCAACCCAAAAUGGUCCCCUGCCCACUCAAUUUCAGAGGGAGUGCAGUACUUCCAAGCUUCAGGGGGAAACACAGAAACCUGGGGGGGGGGUGUUGCCAGCCCUUGUUCGCACUACUGAUGCAGUUGGUACACAGGACUAGAAGGCAGAGGAGGUUGGUGCAAACUGGGCAGUAGAUGUCAUGAAGUGGUAACCAUCUCUGUGAUCACAGUUCUUAAGGAAAGUGUGACCGACCACAGGAAUGGCUGCUAUAUAAGACAGUGAAUGCAUGAGAGGGGUAGUCCUAUGUGGCACAGAUCAUUAGCUACCACUACCAAUGGCAAAUGCUCAUGAGCACUUUUCUUCUCAAUUUCAUGUUCUCGUCACGUCAGAGUUAUUGGGUGGCUCAUUUGUCAAGAAUGCAGGAAAGGUUUUUCCCCAGUCAAUGGUACCUACAUACUCUGGGCUGGAUCCAGACUCUCCCACUGGAGAAAGGCAGGAGGUGGCUUUUGCUGAUACUGUGCCACCUGAAAAGCUAUUCUAGAAGGCCAAUGACCCCCCCCCCCCGGAACAACAUGGAAGAUGGUGCUGGGGAGAAGGGAUUGGCAAAAAAUCUCCUCAUUCCUUUCCUCUGCUGGAUUUCUGUCCCUUCCAAAAUGCAAUGAGUCCAGGUCUGGAUCCAACCCAAAUAAAACUUUUCUUUUCUGCUGGCAGAAUUCUUUUUAAAUGAUGGCUUGCUGAAGUUGUAAAUAAAGGUAUUUAUUUCUAUUUAUUGUAUAAUAAAGCUUCAUCUGACUCGGAACAUCAUUUUCUCCAAUCUUGGAUUUAAUGUUCUUUAUCAUAAAUAUAUCUUCAUAGAAUAGACUAAAUUACAAAAGGAUAGCACUUGGUGGUACAGGAAACACUAUGCCUAAAGGAAUAUAUAUAUAUAUAUUAACAUUGUGCUAGUGAUUCCACAACAUUGCUUGGAGACACUGAAAUUAGUAAUCGCCUAAAGGUGUAUAUGAGUUUCUAGUGGGCUUUACAUUUACUUUAAUAUCUUCCUCUACACAUUUUGUAUAUAGGAACUGUCAUCAUUCAAUGAACCCAAAGUUAAAUUUCAUGUUUGAUAAUGUGACACCAAGAUGGUAACAUCUGUAGUUUCUUUUAUCUUGUGGUGUUAUUUUGUUGUAUCUAGUGUAAAAACUGUUACUACAAAACUGUCUAUCAUAUACAUUUUAUGGGUAGAAGCCAACUAAAUCAUAUUCAGAGUACACCCAUUAAAAACAAUGAUCUUAGGUGACUUCAACUCCCAUUUAUUUAAAUGGGUCUACUGUAAGUGUGACUAACAUGGAAUAUCACUCUAUAGUGAUACAAGCUGUGAAAGAUAUUGUUCAUGUAAUGUAUUGAAAUUUCAAAGCAUAAUCAUGACUGCUUUUCUAGCUGUAUUAUGGAACAUAUAGAAGUAAGCUACUCAAAAAUUCCAUGAUACUUGUGGAAAAUUGCAAAUGUUUAGUCUACGCUGAUCUAUCCUUCUUCGGAAACCCAACAAAAAAGAGCAAUCCCGAUUUCAGGAACCACAUUCACUACAAUGGAUGUCCUCUGUUUGGUGGCUUACUCGUUGACUUCAAUGGAGGCAUGGAGUUCUACUAAAGUGAAAGGGUCAGCUCAUCUAUGCAGCUGCCAGAGUCACUGUGCACAUAAGGGAUCACUUGAUCACUUUGUUUUCUUGUCUCUAGAGUGUCCCUUGUUUACUUGAGUUUGUUGCCUUUCAUCAUUGAAUUAAUAAGUGCAGUGAAAAAGAUUCAUUUGAAUCAGCAAAUUCACACAGAGAAAGUAGUUAAAAACUUCUGAAGUAUACUCCUUGCUAACUCAAAUCUUGUGAUAAAGGCCGCGAGCCAUGAAAAUCGCAGGUUUGAAAAUUGAAACGUUUUUAAUUCCACAUUUGUGUCUUUGUUUGACACUAAAGCACUGUAUUGACCCUGAUGGUUUAAAAUACAUUUCUUUACAUUUAUUCAAACAACAGUGAACAAUCACACUUUGAAUUUCAGCAUUAAGCAAAAUGAACCAAAUGCAAAAUAUCUUCAGUGGUGUAUUUUCUACAAAUGCAACUCAUAAGUUACAUCAUGUGUUAACUGUUGGCUAGUUGUAUGAGAAUAGCUACUGAACCAUGUAUGUUUCAUGAUGAUAUGUUCUAUGUGUGGUAUCAGUUGUCAUGUGUUGAGUGGUUCUGUUGGUAUUAUCCGUAGAAGGUAAAUAGUGCACAUAGAAACAAUGUGUAGGAAUACAUUUAAAAUAUUUAUUUCCUACUACAUAUAGUGAACAGCACUGGUGUUUUCAUUUAAAGUUAAGAAAAGUGAAAAUAAACUUGGGGAGGCUUCAAAUGAAAAGUUCCUCCCUGCACUUCUGUUAUCAACUAAGGAUAUUAAUUAUUUUACAUAUUGUAAGACUCAAAUAUAUGUCACUUUGAACAUCCAGGAUAUCUGACUUAGUCAGUCAGGGUACACCCAUUCAAAAUGAUGGACUGACACAGACACUUAAGAAUGAGUCUGUCAUGUACAUCUUUUUAUAAAUACAGUGGUACCUCUACUUACAAAUAACUCUACUCACAAAUGUUUCUACUUACGAACGGAGCUCCAUCCGCUAUCUUGGAUGCGAUUUAGAUAGGAUUUUUUCUACUUACGAAUUUUUAGAUAGGGUUGCUUGACUUACGAAUUUUUUCUUCCAAUGCAUUCCUAUGGGAUUCGACUUACAAUUUUUUUCGACUUACAAAUGUGUGUUUGGAACACAUUAAAUUCGUAAGUAGAGGUACCACUGUACUUCUUUUUUAAGGAAUUAACCAUUAAAAUGCAGUUUAUUGGGGGCAGCUUUUUAAUCAAGCCAAAAAGUUUAAAUAUAGCUACUGAUUGAGUAAAUCAGGGAUUUGGAACCUUUGGCCCUCCAAAUGGGCAGGGAUGAUGGGAGUUAUAGUUCAGAAACAUCUGGAAGGCCAAAGGUUUGCCAUACCAGGAUUAAAUGUUGCAGCUCUAUUGAAAGAAAUUAAAAACUUAUUUCAAUUAAAGUUCCCAUCCAUAUUUUGGUUCAUGGGCAUCUUCUGCUAAGACAAAUGGAAUUCCCAAAUUCUGUUCUAGAGGUCCCCAAACUGCUGGGGAUUGGGAGGAAAUUUGAUGCAGUUCACAUUUAUAGGCAAACUUAUCUAAUUUGCACUUCUGAAACAAUACAUGGACCAAAACACAGCUAUCCAAAAUGCACACUUCUCUGAAUUUUGCAAUGCAUUUCUCCAGCCAGGUAAUGUGCAUAAAAUUCAUAUACUAGGGUAAAGUGUGUAUAAAAUGCAUAUUUUAGUGAAACUGGGAUCUAAAAAUGCAUUAUCUGUGGGGAAAUUACAUCCAAAAAUGUACCUAUUGGGAAAAAUUUGCACUAAAAUGCUGCCGAUUUUUUAAGGGAGACUUGUAUCUUUUAAAAAACAAAUUUGCAAAAUUGUGUGUAUAUGAAGAGAACUGAAAUGGCCAAACACUGUGAGAAAUGAAUGCUGGGAUGCUGUACUGGGUGAGCCAUUGGCCUGAUCCAGCAGGCUCAUUUUAUGUUUUUAUGAUUGGAAAAAUGAGAAACUGGUUUUUUUAAAAAACAAACCAAAAACCUGCAAUUUGCAAAUUUGCCCAUCCUUACCCGCAAGCCCAUAGAGCUGAUUUUGGGGGUGCACCAAGACUGGAAGGGACAGAAGAGGGAGAGUAGGUUCUGUUUCGUGCACUGCAACAUUGGAUGCGACCCUAUAUUAUGGCACACUCUUUUAGCUCUGUCCUCUUUCUUUCUGACCAUGACAAAGCGCAAAUGUUUUCUGUUAUAGUGAAUUUCCCCAAAAUGAAGAGGAUGGGGGAAGUUCAUUUUUACACAGAGCUUUAGGUAUCCAAAUGUACUCCUUAAAUAUUCAGUUUACAGCCACAGGGUUUCUUCCCAUAGCUGCCAAGUCUCCCGUUUUUCACGGGAAGCCCCCGUAUUUUAAAGCCAUUUCCCGCUGGCAGCCCGGAUUGAAAAAAAUCCCGUAAAUCCCCCGAAUUUCCUACCUGCCAGGGAGACUCCAUUUUGGGU